AUGGGUGACCCCAAAACCGUGGGAGAUGCAGAGGCGAGCCUCAUUGGUGAGAGGCGCCUUGACUCGCCACCAGCCUCAGUGACCUCAUGGGACGAGGAAAGCAACAACAAGAUGGCUCAAGAUACAGCGACAUCAACUCCAAGUCCGCAUGAGAAGGAACUGCUGGAUAAACAGUUGCAGUUCUGUGACACGGAGGCAUCAUUCUUCGGUCUCUAUAGACAUGCAUCCUGGUUUGAUAUCAUACUCGUUGGCAUCAGUACGAUUUCGGCCCUCAUUUCGGGAGUGUUGCAUCCAACGGCACCUAUUGCCAACGCAUACUUGUUUGAAUUCUUUGCUAGGAUUCCAUCCGAAGGAGAUGCUGUUGCACCUUUGAUUAACCAAUUCUCACUGUAUUACGUUUAUUUUUUCUUCAUCUCCCUGGCAUCGUGGACAAUUGGCACAGCGGGAUUCAUCUACACGGCCAGUAGAAUCGCUCGCAGAAUCAAGAUUCAGUAUUUCGCUGCCGUUCUUCGGCAAAACAUUGCAGUUUUUGACGAUGCGGGCACCGGAGGUAUUCUUUCUCAUCUUACUUCGGACGCAAACAUGAUACAAGAGGCUCUUUCGUCAAAGCUGGCCAUCAGCAUCAAUGCGUUGGGCAAUCUCCUGGGCACAAUUGUCGUGUGUUUUGCCUUGGACUGGAACCUGGCGUUCAUCCUAUCCUGGUCGUUUGUCCUGGGUAGUGUGGUGCUAUACCUUACUGGAAAGGCCACCGUGGGCUAUAGCAGCCGCGCACUUGAGGCCUCAUCAGCGGGCACGACAGUUGUUGAAGAAGCCCUCGGCGCAAUUAAAACCACGGUAGCACUUGGAAUCCAGAAGCAUGUUCAUAAGACCUAUGUAGAGUAUCUACAAAAGGCAUCUAAGAGCGGCUUUGUGCUUAAAACUCUGAGUUCAUCUAUGCUCAGCCUCUGUAUUGCCAGUGGGUAUAUCAACGUUGGUCUAGGCUUCUGGAUUGGCGCAAAACGUCUGACCGAAGGCGUGACCCCUUUCACUCAUAUCGUGACAAUCGCCAUUGUUUUCAAGUCGGCAGCGUUUUGCAUCCUCAACGUUGGCUCGAAUCUAGAGUCGUUCAACAUGGCUGUAGCAGCAGCUAGCCGCAUCUACCGGAUGACUCGCCGAGAGUCACCCAUAGAUUCUGGCUCCGACUCUGGCACUGUCCCUGAUCAGGUCGGCGGCACAAUCGAGGUACGGAACAUCAAGCACAUCUACCCUGGCCGACAGACGGUGACGGUACUGGAUAAUGUAAGCAUCAAGUUCCCAGCUGGGAAGACCACAGCCAUUGUAGGGCCCUCGGGAUCGGGGAAAAGCUCCAUCGCAAGCCUGAUAUUGCGGUUUUACGAUCCAGUCGCAGGAGACAUUUAUCUUGACAACGAAAAUAUAAACACCCUGCAGCUGCAGUGGUUACGCCAGCAAAUCCGUUUUGUGAGCCAGGAACCAUUUUUAUUUAACAAAACCAUCUAUGAGAACAUUGAGGCUGGGCUUGUUGGGCCGCAGUGGGAUAAUGUCUCUGAGAAAGAGAAGCGUCAGCUUAUAUAUAAGUCUGCUAAAGCGGCUCAAGCACAUGAGUUUAUCGAGAAACUGCCGCAGGGUUAUGAUACCAUGAUUGGAGCAAGGGCGUCAAGGCUAUCGGGUGGACAGGCCCAGAGACUGGCAAUCGCUAGAGCCCUUGUUGGUCAACCUCGAAUCUUAAUCCUAGAUGAAGCCACAUCAGCGCUGGAUGGCGAAACCGAGGCCAAGGUUUUGGCAUCUAUGGGAAAACACUACAAAGAUUGUUCAAAGAUUGUGAUCGCACAUCGUCUCUCAACCAUUCGCGAUGCAGACAAUAUUGUCGUCCUACGUUCGGGUCGCGUUAUAGAGGAAGGCACUCACCGUGAUCUAAUGGAGAAAUGCUCAGAUUACUUUGACCUUGUGAAAGCUCAGGAGCUGAGCCCUGAAGACAGCGCUAUGGAAUCGUCCGAGGAAAUAGGAAAGUCUGAUGCAUCCGUUGGCGAUGCAUUGACUGGUGAAAAGGAAAAGAAGGAAAAGGAGAAUGAUGAUAAUGAAACACCAUUCGUGGCUGACGAAGAGCUCGAUAACCGAAUACAGUCAUCCUCAGUUUGGUCUCUUAUCAAAUUUGGAUGGAAGCUCAAUAGGCCAGAAAUAUGGUGGGUGGUGGUCGGCCUUCUUUGCUCCCUCAUUGCAGGAUUCGAAGAGCCCAUGUCCGCCAUCCUCUUUGGCAAAACAAUCACAUCCAUCUCACAACCCCUCACUGAGGCGAGCAACAUUCUUUCCGAAACUACCCUUUACUCAAGGGGUUUUUACCUGCUAGCAGUUGUAAUGUUCAAUGUGGUUGGAGCUGAGGGCAUCAUUUUCGGGUGGUGCUCAGAGAAGAUGAUGAAUCGGGCCCGUAGCAUGGCUCUGGAGAAAAUUUUGAGAAUGGAGGUUUCUUUCUUCGAUAAGAAAGGGAACUCAGCUGGAGCAUUGGCCAAUUUUCUGUCGACUUCAGUCACAGACCUCGCCGGCGUGAGCGGCUCUGCUCUCAGCAUCAUCCUCAUCUGCGCGUCCACCACAAUAUGCGGUAUCGCGGUGGCGCUUGUGUACGGAUGGAAGCUCACGCUUGUGUGCUUCUAUCUCUUCCCAUUGCAAGUCAUUUCAGGUUAUUUGAGUACUUCGCUUGUGGGAGACUUUGAGAUGCAUACGGAGAUAUUCAACAGUGAGGCGGCUGAGUUCGCCAGUGAGGCCUUGUCUGGCAUCCGCACCAUCGCAGCAAUGACAACGGAGAGUAAAGUGCUGAAUGAGUUCAAGGGUACGUUGCGCGCCUCAACAACGAGGGCUCUGAGGGCCAACCUACAGACGUCCUCUCUCUAUGCUUUAGCCCAGGCGAUUUACUAUGCCGGGAUGGCCUUUACGUUUUGGUAUGGUGGCAAACUGAUCAUGCGCAACGAAUAUUCCAUGGACCAGUUUAUUGUGGUGCAAUGUUCCAUACUCUUCAGCUCAUACUCGGCUGGCCUGUUCUUUUCUUGGACUCCAAGCAUUCAAAAGGCGAAGCGGGCUUCCGCGAUGCUGCAGCAUCUUGUCGAUAGGAACUCGACUAUAGAUCCCCUGGGCGAAUCAACUGGUGCCAAACCGAGGAAACUCAAAGGAAAGAUUGACUUUGAAAAUGUCUCAUUCUUUUAUCCCUCACGCCCUGACACCGCUGCAUUAAAGGAUGUCUCUUUCAGUAUCGCCGCUGGCUCACAUGUGGCUUUCGUGGGCGCCACAGGCUCCGGGAAAAGCACCAUAAUCUCGAUGAUUGAACGAUUCUAUGAUCCUUCGCAAGGCACUGUGUGUCUUGAUGGGAAUCCACUAAACUCUCUGCAAGUGUCAGAAUAUCGGCAGCUUAUUGGCCUUGUUGAUCAAGAUCCCGUGCUUUACAAUGGUACCAUUGAGAGCAACCUUUUAGCUGGACUCGACGAUGAGCAGAGGGAAAGCCCUUCCAGAAUUAGCAUGGAGGAAGCAUGCAAACAGGCCAACAUAUAUGGCUUUAUCAAAGCAUUGCCGGAUGGUUUCAAUACCGCUGUUGGAAAUCGGGGCACUCAGCUCAGCGUUGGUCAGAAGCAAAGAAUCGCUCUAGCAAGAGCGCUGAUUCGGCAACCUACUAUUCUCCUGUUGGAUGAAGCCACAUCGGCACUGGACUCCCAGUCCGAGACGCUUAUCCUUGACGCCCUAGAAAAGGCCAAGGAAAGCCGUACCACAAUCACUGUCGCUCAUAGAUUAAGCACCAUUAUCAAGGCAGAUCGGAUAUAUGUUUUGGAUCAAGGCAUCAUUAUAGAGGCUGGUAGCCAUGCACAGCUGAUGGCUAAAAGAGGGAAGUAUUAUGGCUUGUACACUGCAAGCACGGGUGGACAGGGAUCAUGA